AUGCCGUGCGCGAGGGCCGAGGACGCGCUCCCUUCCGCCGCCGCCGCCGCCUCCCCCGACAUGGUCUCCGCCUCAGUGGGCGGCCUGAUCCAGAAGGUGGUCGGCGGCCGCAGGUCGACGGACUCCGGGCGGACGCUGCAGCGCGCGCCGCACGUGCUGCCGCUGCCCGAGGACGAAGCGCCGGCACCGGCGCCGGCGGCCAGCUGCUCAGGGGAUGAUGGUAAGGGCAGUCGCAGUGGGAGGAGGGAAGAGAGCCGCAAGGGCAGGAUGCGGAGCUACCGGUCCGAGCUUGAGCAGGAAGUCAAGAAGCUGCAGAGGCAGCUGGAAGAAGAGAUCGAAUUGCACGUGGCGCUGGCAGACGCCGUCACGCAGAACACGGUGCCUGCGUUGAAAUCGUCUUCAAAGAUCCCACAUGAGACACAUGAGCUACUCAUCAACAUUGCCUCCCUGGAGAGCGCCGUCUCGAACCUCGAGAAGGAGUUAAAUGAUCUGUAUUACCAGCUUUGUCACGAAAGGAAUGAAAGGCUGCUUGCCGAAAACAAUCCAGGAUGCUUGCCACCUGCAUGCCCAGAUGACCGGUCGUUGUCGACUUGCACGUGUACAUGGGAAGAACACAUAUCAUCAUUAAGGGAUUUGAAGUAUGGAGGAUCUGAGUCAAUGAGAUCAAUGCAAGAAGAUUUGUUCACUGAACUUGACUAUGAGCAGGGCCCUGGAGAAGAGUCUGAAGAUGGACAAAUGGUUUCCCUAAAUAGGCUGCUAGAGAAACACCGGGAUAUCUCCUUAAAUGGACUGCUGGAAAAGCACCGGGAUGAAGAGAUGCAAGAAUCGUGCUCGGUGGAAAAGCAUGGCAAAGAAGACGAGAAGGUCGAUGUUUUGUCAUUUGAACAGUCCAUUCAAAAGAUAACUAGCAUGAAAGGAGGGAAUCUUUGGAACUAUCCAAAUCAGCUCUCAGAGGAGAUGGUGCGCUGCAUGAGAAACAUUUUCCUCCGUUUAUCGGAAUCCGCCAAGAGACCAGCAAAGACAUCUUCUGAUUGUUCAUCCUCGUCAGCAGAGCGGCUAUCUGGUUCUACAUUGGCAUCCUUCUCAGAUUCAUCCAUAUUACCCUCCAUGCUACGGAGUUCUUCAGUUGACUCAAAUCACAAUGAAGGGAUGAUGAAUCAAGCCAGAAACUUGGAUCCGUAUAAGGUUAAUGGAAAGGAAACCCGGAGAGAUAUUGGAAAUUACAGUUCAGCAGCUGAAGUAUCUUGGAUGUCGGUUGGAAAGGAGCAACUUGAAUAUGCAUCAGAAGCUCUAAAAAAGUUCAGAUUUCUUGUGGAGCAGCUAUCAAAGGUUAACCCUAAUUGUCUGAACUCUGAUGAGCGGCUAGCCUUUUGGAUUAACUUAUAUAAUGCCUUGAUAAUGCAUUCAUACCUAGCAUAUGGAGUUCCCCGGAAUGACAUCAAGCUUUUUUCUCUAAUGCAAAAGGCCUGCUACACAGUUGGUGGGCAGUCGUUCAGUGCAGCUGAAAUAGAGUUUGUGAUUCUAAAAAUGAAGACUCCAGUGCACCGUCCCCAGCUUUCUUUGAUGUUGGCUCUUCAUAAGUUCAAAGUUUCGGAGGGGCACAAGAAAUAUUCAAUCGAUGAAGCCGAGCCCCUUCUUCUGUUUGGACUCAGUUGUGGAAUGUUCUCUUCGCCGGCUGUAAGAAUUUUUACGGCGGAAAAUGUGAGGAAUGAGCUGCUGGAAUCAUUGAGAGACUACAUCCAAGCGUCUGUCGGUAUAAGUGACCGAGGGAAACUACUAAUCCCAAAGUUACUGCAGAGCUAUGCCAAGGGGGCUGUCGAAGACUCUCUGUUCACGGACUGGAUCUGCCACCAUCUCUUGCCUGACCAGGUUGCAGCCAUCCGGGACUCCUCUUCCUCACAGAGGAAGCAGCGGCUCCUUGGGGCACGCAGUUUUACUGUCGUUGCGUUCGACUCGAAGUUCCGGUAUCUCUUCUUGCCUGACAGCAGCAGCAGCUCCCACAAGCCACAGCCCAAACAGGCUUCCUAAGCUAAUCCUACCAGCUUAGUAUAUCUGGCCCACAUUGGGCUAGCUAGUUGUAUAUUAUAUGAUGUAAAUUUUGGGGAGAAAAAGUAUACGACACGACAAAGCUCAGAAGCCGCUGCAGAGAGGAUAUUUCGUUUGCAAAACUGGAUUAUCAUCUUGGAAGAACGCUGUGCUUGAUCUCAUUGUGUUCCAGUACUGGCUUUCAUACUGGAGAUAAUCUUGUAGUCUUCGUUUUCUCAUUUUUUUUCUUUUGUAAAGUUAUUUUCUGUUGGUCAAUUGAUUUGUAAGUUGGUACUAAUAAAUUGGAUGGUGAGAGAGUUCUUUUUUGUCCACUGAAAUGUGGGUAUAGCUGGAAUGAAACCGUAUAUUGGAUGGUUUUUGCAAUUCUCACUAAUACUGAAUGCGUUCAGAACAA